AAAUAUAAUCCAAGUCUACCUUACAGAUGUAUGUUUGUCGCGCAGCGUGGACAAGGAGGAGGGGCUGCACCGCAGCUUCAUCCUGCGUGAUGAAGUUAAUGGUAGAGCUCUGGUGACAGCCGGCCGCUGAAGACCAAUCAGAGAGCUCGCUGAUGGAAAGCAGUGUGCUUGAGGCUAUGCAGGCAGGAGCUGUUUGAAGAACCAUGUCAGCUCCUCUUCUCGUGUAAACACGGACACCUCUCGCUUUAUUCGUUUUUCUCCCCCCAAACACCUGCAGCGCGCGCACAAGGACCUCUGCGUGGGAGUUUUUCUUUGCCUCUUCUGGCGUGGAUUUGUUGCUGCAUCUCCUGACUCAUGAACUCAUGAAUCCCUCUUCAGAGCGACGGGUUUAUGGACUCGCGUAUUAGCUAAUGAUGUCUAUGGGUUUUAUGCCCGACAGUCUCAAUGGCUCCGAUCCCUCCAAGUCGGCCUUCUUAGAGUUCGGCCACGGGCAUCCGGCGCACCAGCAGCACCCGCAAGGACUCUCGCACAUCUAUCCCGUUCAUGGUCUGCACGCCGCUGGUCAUUCUCAGCACGAAAGUCCCUUCACUGGAAAUGCUUCUUAUGGCCGUUCUUUAGGAUACGCGUAUCCAGGCGCGGUGAACGCUCAUCCACCGUCUGCGUACAUGUCCUACCAGCACAGCAACCUGAACGGCAGCGGCACCAAUCUGGUCAACAGCAGGUUAGAAACGACAGAUCGCGACAAGUCUUCAGUGAUAGAGAGCAGAGACAUUCGUCUUGUCAAUGGAAAAGGGAAAAAGAUCAGAAAGCCUCGGACCAUCUACUCCAGUCUCCAGCUGCAGGCUCUGCACCAGCGCUUCCAGCAGACGCAGUAUCUGGCCUUACCUGAACGCGCCGACCUUGCGGCCAAACUGGGACUCACCCAGACUCAGGUGAAAAUAUGGUUUCAGAAUAAGCGCUCCAAGUAUAAAAAGAUAAUGAAGCACAGCAGCGGUUCAGAGGGAGAUCACCUCCACAGCGCCAGCUCCAUCUCUCCCUGCUCGCCCGCCCUGCCUCAGCUAUGGGAGGUCUCAAUUGCGAGCAAAGGACCCCAAAUCCACCCGAACAAUUACAUGAACAGUUUUGGUCACUGGUACCCAAACCAUCACCCGCAUCAGGACGCCAUGCCAAGGCCUCAGAUGAUGUGAGUGGAUUGUGUCUGGAGACUGCUGGGCUCAUUUGAAGGGAGCCUCAGUGCUGCGAUGAACUCAGUCCCGUGGGAGCUCUUAGAUGUGUGCUUAAAAAAAAGACUUUGUUCAUGUUUACUGACUGUAUCUCAUUUUGAAUUCAGUUUUCACUGUCAUGUUCAGACACCUAAUCUUUUUUGUUUAAGUUGUUUGCAUCUCUGCAGGUCUUGUUGAACUAAAUCACUCGAAGUUGUGAACUUUGUGCAAGAAUCUGCAUAAAACCAUUUUUGGAAAUAAAUUGUGUGCAUGGAUUUACAUUCA